AAAAAUGUGGCGGGUGAACUAAAACGCCCACACACCUCCACUUGGUUCUGCGGUUCUGAAACCAGGUUUUGACUUGGGCGUCGGUCAUUUUCAGGCUCUUGGCCAAGGCGGCCCUCUCGGCGCUGGCCAGGUACUUCUGACGGUGGAAACGUUUCUCCAGUUCGCAGAUUUGCACCCUGGAAAAGGACGUUCGUGGCUUUUUCCUUUUCGGGGGUGUCCGGUUCUGAUACGGGUGGCCUAUUCGCCGCGUCACUGAGAAUGGAACCAGAGCCGCUGAAUGUGAGCAGAGAAACACACACCCAGCAGAUUCUCAGAAAUUCUCAUCUGUAAAAGUGGCUUAUAUCACAGAAAGAGUGCAGCUGAGGAGAAAACAAGGCCUCUCAGCAGGAAGAGAAGAGAAAAGAGGAAGAGACAAAGAAGGGAGGAGGGUUAACAGCUUUCCAGUUUGGGUAGAAUAAAUAUAAUAAAGUAAAAAAUUAAAGAGGCACCGAAAUAAACAACAUUGGUGAACAAAGUCAAUGACAUGAGAAAUUAUGACUCCUUGGACAACGACCACCAUGGAGCGAUAUGGUGUAGCCAUGUGGAACUUUGCUGGCAAUGGGCAAAAUCAGCUCUCUCUGGAGGUUGGAGACACAGUCUUCAUUCAAGAGACCUGCGAUGGGUGGUACAAAGGCUACUUGGCCAGGAACAAAGCCCAUCAGGGUGUAUUCCCUGCCAGUUUCGUACACCUGAAGGAGGUAAUUGUUGCGCAUCGUCGUGAUAAGGAGGUGGUGAUGUCUGCAGAGAUGCCUCUAGUGAAAGAGGUGACCAUGACACUGAGAGAAUGGGGAAGCAUAUGGAAGCAGCUCUUUGUGGCUAACAAGGGGACGAGUGUAAGGCAGGUGCAGAGGCUGAUGUGGGAGCUGAUGGAAUGGCGUUCCCAGCUCCUCUCUGGAACUCUGCCCACAGAUGAAUUCAAGGAACUCAGACAGAAGGUUAUCUCCAAGAUUGAUUAUGGAAACAAGAUUUUGGAGCUGGAUCAAGUGGUUCGAGAUGAGCAUGGGAAUAUUUUGGACCCUGAACAGGCCAGUAUCAUCAGUCUGUUCCGGGCCCACGAGGAAGCCUCUGCCAAGAUCAACGAACGCAUAAAAGAGGAGCAAUCCAACAUUCAGACAGAACACAGUGGCUUCUCGGCGCGCAUCCAGUCGUCACCCACACAUAGCCUCUAUGUCUUUGUCAGGAACUUUGUGUGUCGUGUGGGAGAAGAUUCAGAACUCUUCAUGUCUCUCUAUGACCCUAAUCAACAAACAAUCAUCAGCGAGAACUAUUUAAUUCGGUGGGGCAGCAAAGGUUUCCCCAAAGAAAUUGACAUGCUCAACAACCUCAAGGUUGUCUUUACAGAUCUAGGGAAUAAGGACCUGAGCAGGGAGAAGAUUUACCUUAUCUGUCAGAUAGUCCGAGUGGGUAGGAUGGAUCUGAAGGAGAGCAACAAGAAGUGCACUCAGGGUCUUAGGCGUCCUUUUGGAGUGGCAGUUAUGGACAUCAGUGACAUAAUCAAAGGAAAGGUUGAAUGUGAUGAGGAGAAGCAGUUUUUCAUCCCUUUCUUCCCGGUUGUGGCCGAAAACGACUUUCUCCACACCUUUCUGAACAAAGUGACUACAUCCCGAGGGGACAGCGGUGGUCAAGGACUCUGGGUGACAAUGAAAGCUCUGGUUGGCGACAUUAUCCAGAUACGCAAAGAAUAUCCUCACCUGGUGGACCGAAGCACAGUGGUCGCUCGCAAGCUAGGCUUCCCCGAGAUCAUCAUGCCAGGAGACGUGCGCAAUGACAUAUACCUUACACUGCAGGGCGGCGACUUUGACAAGUACAACAAGACCACGCAGAAAAAUGUGGAGGUCAUCAUGUGCGUGUGUGAUGAGAAGGGCAAGGUUGUACACAACUCCAUCUGUCUAGGAGCAGGGGAUAAGGCGACAAGUGAAUACAGAUCAGUCAUCUACUACCAAGUCAAACAACCCCGCUGGAUGGAGACAUUUAAGGUAGCUGUCCCUCUUGAGGAAAUGCACAAAAUCCAUCUUCGGUUCAUGUUUAGACAUCGCUCCUCUCAAGAGUCCAAGGACAAAAGUGAGAAAAAGUUUGCCAUGGCUUUCGUGCGUCUGAUGAAGAAUGACGGGACGGUCCUACAGGAUGGCCUUCAUGACCUUGUGGUAUUCAAGGGUGACAGCAAGCGCAUGGAGGAUGUGAACUGCUACUUGUCCUUGCCCUCCACCCGCCACCACUAUGGGGACCUCCACAAGGGAGCAGUACUGAGCCGUAGCACCAGCAACGUAAGCGGGGGCGGCUUAGGCCUGUCAGUCAGCUCGAGAGAUAGCUUCACCAUUUCCACCCUGGUCUGUUCCACCAAGCUCACCCAAAAUGUGGGCCUACUGGGGCUUCUCAAAUGGAGGACGCUACCUGAACUCCUGCGAGAAAACCUUGAAAAACUGAAGCUAAUCGAUGGAGAGGAAGUGGUCAAGUUCCUGCAGGACACAUUGGAUGCUUUGUUCAACAUCAUGAUGGAACACUCUCAGACUGACGAUUACGACAUUCUCGUGUUUGAUGCCCUGAUCUAUAUAAUAAGUCUCAUCGCAGACAGAAAAUUUCAGCAUUUUAACACCGUGUUGGAGGCCUACAUCAAGCAACAUUUCAGCGCCACUUUAGCCUACAAGAAGUUGAUGUCAGUGCUUAAGAGGUACCUGGACGUCUCAAGUCGAGGAGAGCACUGUGAGGCGAUUCUCCGAACCCUCAAAGCUCUGGAGUACAUCUUCAAGUUCAUCGUUCGCUCACGCAUGCUCUACUCCCAGCUUUACGUGGGCAAUGAGCAGGCAGAGUUUGAAGAGUCUUUGAGGAAGCUUUUUGAAUCCAUCAACAACCUGAUGAAGACAGACUACACAACCACUCUACUGCUGCGGGUUGCAGCCCUGAAGUACCUGCCAGCAGUCUUACAUGAUGUUGAGAAAGUAUUUGAUGCAAAAUUGCUAAGUCAGUUGCUGCAUGACUUUUAUUCCUGCAUCCCACCCGACAAACUCCAGAAACAGAAAGUGGCAUCUAUGACUGAAAUUGUCAACAGUCAACUUUUUAAGCGUUCAGAGUGCCGAGAUGUGUUGUUGCCAAUGAUGCUACGGGAGCUGAGCAGAGCUUUGGCAACCAUGGCAGAUGGGCCUCAUGAUGAGAGAAGAAAAAGUCUGGAAUUGCUCAACAAUAUUCUGGAGGUCCUAAGUAAAGACAAUGUGGGGGAAACGUUUCAGCACAUCCAAGACGUUGUGGUAUCUUUACUGAGAAUCAUCAACCAAACAGUCAUCACCAUGGGUCGAGAGCAUGCUCUAAUUUCCCGGGUGGUGGCUUGCAUGACAGCCAUCCUCAGUCAAAUGGAUGACCGUCAUUACUCGACAUACAUAGAAACCUUUGCGAGAACCUCAGAUCUGGUGGACUUUCUCAUGGAGUCCUUCCUACUUUUUAAAGACCUGAUCGGGAAGCAUGUGUACCCCUCUGACUGGAUGGCCAUGAUCAUGGUACAGAACAGGGUGUUCCUGAGAGCCAUCAAUACUUACGCUGACACAAUGAAUAAAAAGUUUCUCAACAAUGAUGACUUUGAAGUACAGUUGUGGAAUAACUACUUUCACUUGGCGGUUGCAUUCAUUACUCAGGAGUCUCUGCAGCUGCAACAUUUCUCGCCAACAAAGAGAAACAAGAUUCUCACCAAAUAUGGAGAUAUGAGACGACUCAUUGGCUUCGCGAUUCGCGACAUUUGGUUCAAACUGGGCAGCCAUAAGAUCUGUUUCAUACCUGGCAUGGUGGGUCCAAUCCUGGAGAUGACUUUGAUCCCAGAGGAGGAGUUGAGAAGAGCCACCAUUCCUAUUUUCUUCGACAUGAUCACCUGUGAACAUGGACACGCUGGCAAUUUCAACAAGUUUGAGAACGAGAUCAUUCUUAAGUUGGACCACGAGGUGGAGGGUGGAGGUGGAGAUGAGCAAUACAUGCAUCUACUGGAAACCAUACUUCUAGACUGUGCAGCAGAGAAGCCCUCAUUGAAGCCUCAGGUUCAGCACUUUGUUUCUUUGGUGAAGGGACUGCUCACCCGUCUCCUCGACUACCGCACCGUGAUGAGAGAUGAGAGUCGCAACAACCGCAUGAGUUGCACUGUUAAUCUUCUCAAUUUUUACAAGGACAUCAAUCGUGAAGGAAUGUAUAUCAGGUAUCUUUACAAAUUGCGGGACCUUCACCUGGAAGGAGAAAACUACACAGAGGCUGCGUACACACUGCUGCUGCACUCGCGCCUGCUCAAGUGGUCAGAUGACUUGUGUAGCCACUUUGAGUUCCCAGGCUCCCAAACCCAGCGGCAACUCAAAGAAACACUCUCCGACACCAUCAUCGACUAUUUUGACAUGGGGAAGAUGUGGGAAGAGGCCAUUAGUCUGUGCAAGGAACUUGCUGAUCAGUACGAGAACGAGAUCUUUGACUACGAACUACUCAGCAAAAGACUGGAGAAACAAGCAAAGUUCUAUGAGAAUAUCAUGAAGAUUCUGAGGCCCAAACCUGACUACUUUGCAGUGGGUUAUUAUGGGCAAGGCUACCCUCCAUUCCUCAGGAACAAGGUGUUCAUCCACCGAGGUAAAGAGUAUGAGCGCAGAGAAGAUUUUCAAAACCAGCUGAUGAGCCAAUUCCCCAGCGCCGUGCGCCUCAAUACAACCACCAUGCCUGGGGACGACAUCCGGAACUCUUCCCUCCAAUAUAUUCAGUGUUUCACCGUCAGACCUGUCCUCGAAAUCCCUCCACGCUUGAAGAAUAAACCAGUCCCAGACCAGAUCAUCAACUUCUACAAGUCCAACUACGUGCAGCGCUUUCAUUAUUCCAGACCUGUGCGGAAAGGACCAGUGGACCCAAACAAUGAGUUCGCUUCUAUGUGGAUCGAGCGUACAACUUUCACGACUGUGUACAAGUUGCCAGGCAUCCUACGCUGGUUUGAGGCUACCGAGAUGAAACAUACGACCUUGUCACCUUUGGAAAAUGCUAUUGAAACCAUGGAGUCCACCAAUGAUAAGAUUCUGGCCAUGAUCAACCAAUAUCAGGCAGACGGCACCCUUCCAAUUAACCCUCUCUCCAUGCUGCUCAAUGGUAUCGUGGACCCGGCAGUUAUGGGUGGCUUUGCCAAAUACGAAAAGGCUUUCUUUACAGAAGAGUACACUCUGCAGCAUCCAGGUGACAAAGAGAAACUACUACGCUUGAAAGACCUCAUUGCAUGGCAGAUUCCAUUGUUGGGUGGAGGCAUUGCUCUCCAUGGGAAAAGAGUCACCGAUGACCUGCGUCCCUUUCACGAGCGCAUGGAGGAAUGUUUCAAAGAACUGAAAAUGAAAGUGGAGAAAGAGUAUGGUGUAAGAGAGCUGUUGGACUUGGAUGAUAGGAAGUCUAACCGGCCUUGCUCUGUGCUGCGAUCUGUCCGUCAGUCCAUCGUCUCCAUUUCGUCAUUGCAAAGCUCUGAAUGUGCAACGCCAACUAAACUGUCUGUUGACAGGGACUUUCCCAAUGAGUUGUCUGUGGGCCCAACACUGCAACGCUCCAGCGGCAGCCUCAGCACCAGUACGCAGGAUGACGAUGUUUUGACCGUGGGUGAAGCUGAGGUCAAACUGAGAAAGAGUAAGAAGAAGAAGAAGAGAAGCAGCAUGAUUUUCAUCACAGAGGAGAGAGAACAGACAAACACCCUGGACUGCAAACGGCUGUCCAAGAAGCAGGAGUUCUGUAGCGACACCAACUUGUCAGACUCUAUUAUUGGACAAGUAUCACUCAACGGUGCUAACUCCAGGUCCCUGCCUGCUAUUACAGGAUUGUCUUUGACUGUUGCUGGCGGGGCGGAGGAGAUGGAAGGCACCCGAGCCAGGAGAGACAGCAAGUCCAUGUCCCUGUGUAUCACCUCAGACCGAACGGCAGACAGACGCUCCAAAGGUGUCAUCGGCCUUUUCUUCAAGUCCAAGAGUUCCAAGGCUGAUGAUGUGCUGAGCAGUGAUGUGGGCAAAGACAAGGACAAUCACUUCUGAUUCUUAUUUUAAUUUCUACUUUCUGUUCCGGGUUGUGCUUUUACCUUCUCAUUGAAUGUCCCAUUGCUUAAGUCACCUCAAAGUAAUACAGUAUACCUGUCAAUAAAUUCUGCAAUUAAAGGAUGACCUUUUGCCAGUAAGUUUAAUGAAUGCACGUAAAGCUAAAUGCCAUCUUGGAGCUCUUCAGUUAAUUUGACUGGAAACUACCAUGCUGCUAUGCUUAAUUAACCUAUAUAUAUUCAGGUAUAGGUUUUUCAUUGUUGAAGAAAUAAUGAUUUGACACAACAGAACAGUUGCCAUGUCGCUCUAAAGAUACUGAGCAAAAAAAACCCAAUCCAAUUAGAACUGCAUUUAAAUGUAAAAUGUGUAAUGCCCUCUUUUCAUUCUCCAGAGUGCUAACCAUUGUGUUGUCAUCAAACAUGGGUUGAAAAAAAAAAAUCUAAUUUGCAUCUUUAUGAAGCAGUAUAUUAUAUUUUCCUCAAAUUUUUUCCUUCAAUCUUUUUUUUCUGUUUGUUUUUUUUGUUUUUACCCUUACGGUCUUUUUUUCCAAUGGUUUGAUUAUUGACUCACAAAUAAGCAAGUAAUACAUUAUAUUUUAAGUUCAAAUUCCGUUUUGCGAUGUUGUUGAGUCUGGAAAUACGUAUCUCUCAAUUUUGUGAGGUUUUAAGUGAGGUUUCUCCUUUUUAUACAAAACACAAAAUGUGGUGAUGGUUUGUCUAGAUAAAAACACAAUUUAGAUUUUAAUUGGAGGGAAACAAUAUUAAACUAAUUUAUUGGAGGAAGAGGAGGCAGCGAGGUUGUUAAAAAUGAUUCAUAAAUGUAAUCAUGUAAUAACAUUUUAUUGGACUUUAAAAUUGCUUUAGUGAUUUCUAAAUGUCAAAUGAUAUCUCGUUAUUUCGAACAGUAAUUUUAUUAUUUUGAUUAUUUUCUCCACAUGCUGAGCGUAUAAAACAAGGGAAUCAUUUGAAAUUACACAUAUUUAUAAUGCGUACCUCCUUACUACUGCAACACUGUGGUGCGACUCAACACUAGGUUUAAAGUUUGUAAGAUUCAGCCUGAAACUGCCUUUUUCAACAGCAGGAUUUAAUACUAAUACGAGCUUGGAUUAUUUACCCCCUGGCCCUUGUUUCAUUAAAUUAAGGAACAAAAGUAGUAAUAAAACCUCUCAUUGUAAUGCAGUUCAUUUCCAAACCAUCACAAACUACAACAACAAAAGUAUGCACAUUGUCUGCCAUGCAUAAAGGCAUUUUGAACAUGUUGAGGUUGACUAAUGCAUGUGGUUCUGUAAGUGUCAUGCAAUGUCAUGGAUAUUUCC